AUGGCGCUGGUGCUCUCGAGCCAGGAGCGCUCGGUGCGCAGAGGCGGGGUCUCGGUGUGCGCCUGCGCAGCCUCGGCUUUGCGCUCUGAAGCGCCGCUCGGGACCGGAAGUGGGGGCGUCCGCGAAGAGCCCGGGACUGAGAGGAGGCGCGAGAAGGAGAAACUGAGGCGCCGGGAGCUGGAGACCCGAGAGGGAGACGGCAGAGCGGGGCGGACGGGCGCCGCCCACGGCCCUCGGUGGAGGACCCGGGCCCGCUGGGGACAGACGGACAAGUCGGGGACGGACUCGGCGAGACCAGAGACCCCGAAUACACCGGCCGGUGGAGGAAUGGAGGCGACGGCGAAGUCGAGAGAGGGCUGGGGAGACGGCUUGGCGGGGAAGCUCGGGGGCAAAGCUGAGGCCAGGACAAGGGAUGAACGAGAUCGCCGAGACCACCACCAGGCUUCCCGGGACAAAGGUACUUCAGAGAAUUGGGACUGGAAUUGUCCAGAGACCCGUCGCCUCCUGGAGGAUGUCUUCUUCAGAGAUGAGGACUAUAUCCUUCGUGGCUCUGAGGAGCGUCAGAAGUUCUGGGCUUUCUUUGAACGCCUUCAGAGAUUCCAGAAUCUCAAGAGCUCCAAAAAAGAGGAGAAAGGCCCUGGGCAUCCCAAGCACAGCAUCCCAGCCCUGGCUGACCUACCUCGCACUUACGACCCGCGCUUCCGCAUCAACCUGUCCAUCCUUGGCCCUGACACGCGGGAAUCUCAGCAGCCGGGCAGUCGCCUUCCCGCGGCGAGAGCGUCUGAGUUCCGCCGGGCCCUGCUGCACUACCUGGACUUCGGGCAGAAGCAGGCCUUUGCACGGCUCGCCAGGCUGCAGCAUGAGCGGGCAGCGCUCCCCGUUGCCCAGUAUGGGAACCGCAUCCUGCAGACACUGAAGGAGCACCAGGCGGUGGUGGUGGCUGGUGACACAGGCUGUGGCAAGUCCACCCAGGUGCCCCAGUACUUGCUGGCUGCUGGCUUCAGUCACGUGGCAUGCACUCAGCCCCAGCGGAUCGCCUGCAUCUCUCUGGCCAAGCGUGUUGGCUUUGAGAGCCUCAGCCAGUAUGGCUCACAGGUCGUGUACCAGCCUCAGGAAGUGGAGCCCACAGCAUCCAAAUCAGAGAAGCUGGACCCCCGGCCUUUCCUGAGGGCGCUGGAGGCCAUCGACAAGAAGUACCCUCCUGAGGAGCGAGGAGACCUCCUGGUCUUCCUGAGUGGCAUGGCGGAGAUCAGCGCCGUACUGGACGCCGCCCAGGCCUAUGCCAGCCACACCCAGCGCUGGGUGGUGCUGCCGCUGCACAGUGCUCUCUCUGUGGCCGACCAGGACAAGGUGUUCGAUGUGGCCCCUGCUGGAGUCCAGAAAUGUAUCCUCUCUACCAACAUUGCUGAGACCUCUGUCACCAUCGCCGGGAUCCGCUUUUUAGUAGACUCAGGGAAGAUGCUGAUCCUGGGCUCCGUGUUCAGUUUGGCCGAGCCUGUGCUCACCAUGGCGGCCGCCCUCAGCGUGCAGUCGCCCUUCACCCGCAGCGCCCAGGGCAGCCUGGAGUGUGCUGCUGCCCGGAGGCCGCUGGAGAGUGACCAGGGUGACCCCUUCACACUCUUCAAUGUCUUCAAUGCCUGGGUGCAGGUGAAGUCUGAACGGAGCCAAAACUCCCGCAAGUGGUGCCGCCGGCGGGGCGUGGAGGAGCACCGGCUGUACGAGAUGGCCAACCUGCGGCGUCAGUUCAAGGUGGGGCCGCGACAGCAGUGGUGCGAGCUCCUGGACACUCUCCCCAUCUGUGACCAGAACUCCCCCCCAGAGCUCCUGGAGGACCAUGGGCUGCUGACCGGGGCCCAGGCGGUGGCCCCAGAGGACAGCUACAGCCGGCUGCAGCGGCGCCGUGAGCGCCGAGCCCUGCACCAGCUGAAGCGGCAGCACGAGGAGGCCGGGGGCCGCCGGCGCAAGGUGCUGCGGCCGCAGGACGACGUGGCCGGCUGCUCCAGUGACGAGGACCGUGAGGGCUCGGCCUCCCGGCGGGCCGCCGACAGCGUGGACAUCCAGGACGUGAAGUUCAAGCUGCGGCACGACCUGGAGCAGCUGCAGGCGGCCGCCAGCUCGGCCCGGGAGCUGAGCCGCGAGCAGCUGGCCUUGCUGAAGCUCGUGCUGGGCCGAGGCCUCUACCCGCAGCUGGCCGUGCCUGACACGUUCAACAGCAGCCGCAAGGACUCAGACCAGAUUUUCCACACCCAGGCUAAGCAGGGCACCGUGCUGCACCCCACCUGCAUCUUCGCCCGCAGCCCCGAGGUGCUGCACACACAGGAGCAGGAGGCCGCAGGCCGGGAAGGAAGAAGCCAAGAUGACAAGGACAGAGUGAGUUGCAAGCACCAACUCAUUGCCUUCGUCUCCCUGCUGGCGACCAACAGACCGUACCUGGUGAACUGCGUCCGCAUCCCGGCCCUGCAGGUAGGGCUUCUCCCGACGCAGCUCGGACGCCUGUGUCCUAGGCCAGGUGGGAGGCCCAGGGUGGACCUGGAGGAGCGCUCCCCCCCCCCGGCUGUUGGUGCCAGGCACUAG